AUGGAUCCAACCAAAAGAUGUCCAUGGUCCGAUCUUCCUAUGGAGAUUCUCUCCAUGAUUGGCAAGCAGCUCGACACCUGCAUGGAUGUCCUCCGGUUCCACGGCAUCUGUUCUUCCUUCUACUUGCUCCACAAGUUCCCGAAGUUGGGCAAUCAGGUUGUUGGAAGUACGGGGAUGAGAAUUGGUUAUAGUGACAUUGCGGUGUAUGAAGGCAAAGACUGGGUCGUGGAUUACUCCGGGGAUUUUUCACAGAUGGAUACAUCUUUCAGACUUCGAAGUUUCUCGUUGCCAUUCUACAGUAUUGGCUGUGGCUUCGAAGCAUUUAGCGGUGUCAGGUCGUCAGGAAUAGUUUUCUUGUUCUGGUCUUGGCCUUCUGCAGAAUAACGGAAGCAAUGCAUUAACAAUUCUGGUCCUUUCACCUACGAUGCUAAAUACAGAGGGGUGACGGCGAAGGCUGUGUCAAUCCUCAAGGAGGAUGGCGAACUCUACAAGGAUGAGUUCUUACUCAACCAUGACCGUGUUUUAGUUGGUUCCGGUCGUGGUACCUAUGAAAAAGGCAAGAAUGCUCUUGAGAGUUGGAGGUCUCAUUUUGGGUUGCACUGGGCAAUUGUUGAUUGCAAGACUCAAGUUCAGACUGGGGUGAAUUUUUGCGUUUGCGUCAAGGAAUUUAUGCCUUGGCUUGUGAUGCCUCUUGAAGUGGUCUUUGUAAAUGAAAGCCAGAAGUCUAAGAAGGGUGUGGCUUCCUUUCACUUCGGCGGUGGUACACUUAAAGGUCACCUGUUGGUUACUGGGGAAGAGAGCUUUUCAAUUGGGCUGGACGAGGACAAUCAAGUGUGGUAUGGAAUACCCUCUUUCUCAAACCCUGCUGACUUUCUAUCUUUCACUGGUUACCCUGUACAACUCAGGCAGAAGGGCUUUGCUCAUCAAUGUAGUACUGCUGUCCCGAAACAUUUAAGAGCUUCUUAGCUACCUGUACUUAAUGUUGCAAGUUGUGUACAAGUGU